CGGCAGCCUCGACCUUGCGUGCUGCCUGCCGGAAGCAGCAGCGCAGAGAAGCCGGCGGCGUGGGUAGGCAGGGUUCGUCGCCAUGUACCUGUUGAAAGCCGCUCUCGCGUUGCCGCGGAAGCCGGCGCGGCCCGCCGUUUUGCGCAGUGUCCGCCAGAUUUUAUGGAGCGUCUGUCGACAAUGUUCAUCUCGAAUAUUACCUAACAAAAUGAUUCGGAAUAUAGGAAUCUCUGCACAUAUUGAUUCUGGGAAAACAACACUGACAGAAAGAGUUCUAUACUAUACAGGAAGAAUAGCUGAAAUGCAUGAGGUAAAAGGAAAAGAUGGUGUGGGUGCUGUAAUGGAUUCUAUGGAACUGGAACGGCAAAGAGGCAUCACUAUCCAAUCUGCAGCCACUUACACAGUAUGGAAAUCAAGGAAUAUCAAUAUAAUUGACACACCAGGACACGUUGAUUUUACAAUAGAGGUGGAACGUGCACUAAGAGUUUUAGAUGGAGCUGUUCUAGUUUUGUGUUCAGUUGGUGGAGUUCAGUGCCAGACAAUGACUGUGAACAGACAGAUGAAGCGUUAUGGUGUUCCAUUCCUUACAUUCAUAAAUAAAUUGGACAGGUUGGGAGCUAAUCCCAAUCGUGCUCUUCAACAAAUGAGGUCAAAAUUGAAUCUUAACACUGCAUUUGUUCAAAUUCCAAUUGGUCUGGAAGGAAACCUUACUGGCAUUAUUGAUCUCAUAGAGGAACGUGCAGUUUACUUUGAUGGCCAAUUUGGUCAGAAUAUUAGGUAUGAUGACAUUCCUGCUGAUAUGCGUGCAGAAGCUGCAGACAGACGUCAGGAGCUGGUUGAGUGUGUGGCCAAUGUGGAUGAGCAGCUUGGAGAAAUGUUUCUUGAAGAGAAAGUUCCUACAAUUACUGAUCUGAAGGCUGCAAUAAGGAGAGUAACUAUAAGCAGGUUAUUCUCUCCUGUGUUAGUGGGAAGUGCUUUGAAAAAUAAAGGUGUGCAGCCACUGUUGGAUGCUGUUCUAGACUAUCUACCAGAUCCAAGUGAAGUCCAAAAUUUUGCCAUUGCUAACCAAGAGAAUUCAGAAGAUUAUGUGAAAGUUCGUAUGGAUCCAAAAAGAGAUGCAUCUUACCCAUUCGUAGGUUUAGCUUUCAAACUUGAGGCAGGCAAAUUUGGACAGUUAACAUAUAUUCGAGUUUACCAAGGCAUGCUGAAAAAAAGUGAAAACAUAUACAACACACGAACUAGCAAAAAGAUCCGAGUGCAGCGCUUAGUUCGAAUGCAUGCAGAUCAAAUGGAGGAUAUGGAGGAAGUUUUUGCUGGUGACAUUUGUGCUUUAUUUGGCAUUGAUUGUGCAAGUGGUGAUACGUUUACCUCAAAAACGAACAGCAAUCUUUCAAUGGAGUCUAUUCAUGUUCCUGAACCUGUGAUAUCAGUUGCAAUAAAGCCUGUUAAUAAGAAUGAUUUGGAUAAAUUUUCCAAAGGCAUUGGAAGAUUUACCCGAGAGGAUCCUACUUUCAGAAUUACUUAUGACGCUGAGAGCAGAGAGACCAUUGUAUCAGGAAUGGGUGAAUUGCAUUUGGAAAUUUAUGCACAGAGAUUAGAAAGAGAAUACAAUUGUCCAUGUGUAAUGGGAAAACCUAAAGUUGCCUUCAGAGAAACUAUUUCUUCACCUGUUCCCUUUGAAUUUACUCACAAGAAGCAGUCUGGUGGUGCAGGCCAGUUUGGCAAAGUUAUUGGAAUGUUGGAACCUUUGGAGCCUGAAAACUACAUCAAGUUAGAAUUUGCUGACAGAACAAUUGGAACAAAUGUACCACAGCAGUUUAUACCAGCCAUUGAGAAGGGUUUUCUUGAAGCCUGUGAAAAGGGUCCUCUUACAGCUCAUAAAAUCUCUGGAGUGCGAUUUGUCUUGGAGGAUGGUGCACAUCACAUGGUGGAUUCCAAUGAAAUCUCUUUCAUCAGAGCCGGAGAGGGUGCAGUCAAACAGGCUAUGGAGAAGACUAGUGUGAUUAUUCUGGAACCCAUAAUGUCAGUAGAGGUGGUAGCUCCUAAUGAAUUUCAAGGAGUUGUCAUUGCUGGGAUCAAUCGCCGACAUGGUGUUAUCACUGGCCAGGAUGGAGCAGAGGGAUAUUUCACACUUUAUGCUGAUGUACCACUGAAUGACAUGUUCGGAUAUGCCUCAGAACUCCGGUCUUGCACAGAGGGUAAAGGUGAAUACACUAUGGACUACACCAGAUACCAGCCUUGUUUGCCCAGUGUACAAGAAGAGUUGGUCAACAAGUACCUGGAAGCAACUGGUCAAUUGCCAGCUAAAAAAGGAAAAGCCAAGAACUAAAUGUCUUGUAACUAUCAGUUAAUUUAGUAAUCGCUACAUCUUAAGAAGAGGCUGAUUGUGCUGUAAUUUUCCAGUUAACAGAUCAACCUAUUUUUUAAGGAAACUGAUAACCAGGUUAUAACGCAUGGACAGUUAUUUCUUCAUGCUGCUACUUGGAAUCCACUGUCGUUUAGAGCACUUUGAACUUAUUUGAAAGGUUUUUCCUCAAAAACUUGUUUUCAGCAUUUUUUCCUGAAGACAAUCUUUCUUGUUUCUAUUGUUUUUCCUUAGUAUUUCAUCGUCCAUCAAAGUACAAAAUCCUGUACUAAGGCUCAUUUUUUUUACCAACUAUGACCUGUUUAAUUCUCAUUACAACAGUGAUUGACAAUUAAAUUUUGUUCCAAUUAGACAUUGUAUUUCAAAAAUAAAACUUAACUUAUAUUUUGUGAUAA